GCCUCCCCCGGGUUCCCGGAAACCAGGGCAAUUUCCUCUCCUGUUGAAAGUCCAGGUGGAUCCCCGCCGCCUGCCCCGUGCUGUCCGCCCGCCCUCCCUCCCGCUGGGGCCCAGGCUCUGGGACAAUGUACAUGCAGGUGAAGACCCGCACCAACUCUCUGCUUCACCUGAAGAGGGUCCCCAGCAUCCGGUCCUGGUCCCUCCUCGUGGGAUUCUCCUCCAUUGGCUUGGCAGCCGCAUACUACAGUGGAGACAGCCUGGGCUGGAAGCUCUUCUACGUUGCCGGCUGCGUGUUCGUGGCCCUGCAGAACCUGGAGGACUGGGAGGAGGCCGUCUUCAACAAGAACACAGGGAAAGUCAUCCUGAAAUCCUUCAACCUGUACAAGAAGAUGCUGACCCUCUCUAGGGGCGACCACGACCACGUGGUGAUGGGGCUGAGGGACGUCCAGGACGUGAACGUGGAGGAGGAGAAGGUCCGCUACUUUGGGAAAGGCUACAUGGUGGUUCUACGCUUCUCCACGGGGUUCUCACACCCCCUGACCCAGAGCGCCAUCAUGGGCCACCGAAGUGACGUGGAGGCUGUUGCUCAGCUGGUCACCAGCUUCCUGGGUCUGCAUCGGCCGGCCAGCCCCGCUGACCUAUCCCAGGGCAGCGACACUGAGGCCAGUGACCUGGAGGACCCCAGGGCCCGGCUCUGACCGGACCCGCAUCCCCCACCACGCCGCUUUCUGCCCCGUGGCCUCCUCGCCGCUGCUGUCGGGCCUCUGAGCCGAAGGAGGCCCCACGCUGUGGGGAGGGGAGCGUCCUCCCCCCUGCUUCCGCUGCUCUGGGACAGCGGCACCCCCGGACUGGCUUCUCCAGAUCAGGUGGGGGAGGAGGAAGAGGGGGAGAGGGAGCCAUUGCUGCCUCCUCCUGGAAGCCUGGGCCAUCUCUUUCCCUGGGGCCAGGAUGGUGGUCCGGGCACCCUACUGGACCCCCUGAAAGCUAGGUGAUCCAGGUCCCCUGCUCCCCCACCUCCCACAGUCCAGUCACAGUCGGGCUAGCUGUACAUCCAAUCGCAACCCACCUGUGCAGACUAGGAGGGUGGAACGGGAGCUGGCCCACCCCCCUGCACCAGGGCCCUGCCUGCCUCUUCGGGGGGUGCCUGGUGUGGGGUGAUAUGAGGGGGUGAGGACACAGCCGGGUCUUGGGGCCGUGUCCACCUGGUCCAGUCCACGGGGCGUGGAGAGCGGAGUGGGCCCAGGUAGCAGGGAACCAUCCUCAUGGACACUGAUCAAAGUGCUGCAGGCAAGGCCAUGUUCUGGGCAGCCCCCUGGGGAGCUCUGCCCCACUCUCCCCUGACCCCUCAGGUAGGGGUCUUCCUGUGGACACUGGGCUCUGAGUCUCUUGGCUGCUCCAGGGAGGUCAGGGGCUGCCCCUCCCUCUAGAUCGCCGAGAGGCAGAUGUGCCCAGGUACUUGGCCGCUCCGCUUCUGUGUCCAGCCGCCUGCUGCCCUCUGCAACUCGAGUCGAAGCCCGGAGCGUGGGCGUACACAUGACUGUCUCUACCCAAACCCGCGCCCCAAUAAAUGACAUUCCAGACACUUGGUUACUGUCCCUGGGUGGGGGAAACUGUCAGCCUCCUGGCCCUGAGGACUCUCAGAGUAGGUAGGUGCCGGGGCGAUCCCCACCCCUCUGACCAACCGCCCAUUCCCCUGCACUGUUGAUCUAGAUCAAUGGCUCCUCCCGC